AGGUAUAAAUGGGGGCGGCUGGGCCAGCAGAGCCACCCCUGCCCUCACCAUGACGUUCAGUGGCCUCUUCCCCUUCGUGCUUCUUGCCCUGGGAACCCUGGCACCUUGGGCUGUGGAAGGUGCUGGAAAUGCUUUGAAAGCUGGAGACUGCCCUCCUAGAAAACCUGCCCAGUGCCUUAAAUAUGAGAAACCCAAGUGCAGCAUUGACCGUCCGUGUCCAGAGAAGAAGAAAUGUUGCCCUGAUGCUUGCGGAAUGACAUGCCUGGAUCCUGUCAACAUCUUGAACCCAGUUGAGGAGAAGCCUGGGAUGUGUCCAGUGUCCCUCGCCCGAUGUAUGAUGCUUAACCCCCCCAAUCGAUGUGAGACAGACAGCCAGUGCAUGGGUGAAUUAAAGUGCUGCGAGAGCUUUUGUGGGAAAGAGUGCCUGCUCCCUGUGAAAGGGAGUUCUUGGGGAGAGAAUGUGGAGAUGACUUGGCUGGUUCCUGUAUUGAAGUCCUGAUCUCAUUUUCUCUCACAGCCUGAUUCCUGCCACUUGGAAGUGGCUCUGGAUUCCUACUCUGCGUGGUGUGGGAAUUCCCUUCUACUCCCACGCUUGGAUCACUGGGGCACUCCGUGGUGAAGCCUUGGUCCUAUCACCAAUAUCUUCUUUGCAGAAAGGCUUGGCACCCAGUAGGCUGCCAGCAAAUGCCUGUUGAUUGGUCAAUAAAUAAAUGAGCAUAUUUCUCUCUGUA